AUGAGAGGGCCGAGCCCGGUCCCGAAAGCUACCAUGGAGGGGGACGUGUGGACAACACUGGAAGCUCUGGGGUAUAAGGGACCAUUGUUAGAAGAACAAGCCCUUACCAAGGCAGCAGAAGAUGGACUGUCUUCUCCUGAAUUUUCAGAACUCUGUAUUUGGUUAGGCUCUCAAAUAAAAUCAUUAUGCAACUUGGAAGAAAGUAUCACUUCAACUGGGAGAGAUGACCUAGAGAGCUUCCAACUUGAGAUAAGUGGUUUUUUAAAAGAAAUGGCAUGUCCAUAUUCUGUUCUCAUAUCAGGAGAUAUUAAAGACCGUUUAAAAAAGAAGGAUGACUGUUUGAAACUUCUAUUAUUUUUAAGUACAGAACUUCAAGCUUCACAGAUAUUGCAGAAGAAGAAAUGUAAAAAUUCUCAGUUAGAUAAAAACAGUGAAAUUUAUCAGGAAGUUCAAGUUAUAUGUGAUUCUCUUGGUGUACCCAAGUCAACCACUUCUGACAUUCCACUUAUGCUAAACCAAGUGGAAUCAAAGGUGAAGGAUAUUCUCUCUAAAGUCCAGAAAAAUCAUGUGGGAAAACCACUGCUGAAAAUUGAUUUAAGUUCAGAACAGGGCGGUAAAUCUUCCUUUUUAUUAGAACAACUGGAAAAAAUUAACGAUGCCCUUUCCUGUGAAUAUGAAUGUCGUCGGCGGAUGUUAAUGAAACGAUUAGAUGUGACAGUGCAGUCCUUUGGAUGGUCUGAUAGAGCAAAGGUAAAAACAGAUAACAUAGCAAGAAUUUACCAGCCCAAACGUUAUGCUUUGUCACCUAAGACAACAAUUACAUUGGCACAUCUACUUGCUGCUCGUGAAGAUCUGUCUAAGAUUAUUAGGACAAGUAGUGGCUCCAGCCGGGAGAAGACAGCAUGUGCCAUUAAUAAGGUGCUGAUGGGAAGAGUUCCUGACAGGGGAGGACGGCCAAAUGAGAUUGAACCACCACCCCCUGAAAUGCCCCCAUGGCAAAAGAGACAAGAUGGCGGUGGAAGGGGUGGUUGGGGUGGUGGUGGUGGAGGUGGUGGUAGAGGAGGUGGUGGGGGUGGAAGAGGUGGGUGGGGAGGGGGAGGGGGAGGAGGGUGGGGAGGAGGUGGUGGAGGAGGUGGUGGUAGAGGAGGUUUCCAGGGCAGGGGAGAUUAUGGUGGUAGGGGAGAUUAUGGUGGAAGAGGAGGAUAUGGUGGAAGAGGGGGCUAUGGUGGAAGAGGUUACGGAGAUCCAUAUGGAGGAGGAGGAGGUGGUGGUGGUGGUGGUGGAUAUAGAAGAUAUUAAAAACUGCAAAAAUUAGAUAGUAGUGCUUACUUCUUGUUAGAUAUUUUAGGCAUAGUAUUCUAAAUAACAAACUUGACUAUCAUCUUGAAGGAAACACAUGUUAGAUUCCCUGAUGAAAUCAUUCUUGAAUUGGUUAAUGUGUAAGAACAUUGUUUUAUACUACCAGUUGAUCUCUCAAAGUGAUGACGUUUUCCAUAUUCUGUGUACUCUUGAGCAUGUUGUGUCUUUUUAAAAAACAAAAAAUGAACAAAAUAUUUUUUAAAAUGUAAAUAUUUAUUACCAUCAGACUUGGAAAAUGGAAAGUAUUUUAUUGUCAUGAUUGAAUUUAGAUUGUUAACCUGUAUUUUGUUCAGGAUUGAAACACAUAAAUGAUUCUGCCUGUAAUAGAAAAGAAUAGACUCUUGCCUCAUCUGUAUUCCUGUAGAUGUUUAUGUUGUUAAUUCUAUUUUACAAAAUAGGAAAGGGACUCAUAGUUCUGUUCAAAAGGUAGUUGUCGUGAUUUGUUUUUUCUUUUAUAGGAUGAGAUUCUUCUGAUCACGUUUCUGUUUAGGUUCUAUUAAUUGAAGCUCAGGUCUUUUUACAAUGCAUAUUUGAUUUUGUUUUCCAGUUGGAUUUGAAACUGGUACAGUUUAUUUGAAAAGCUAAGUCGAAACUUGAGGUCAGAAUUACUUUGAAGGGACUAAGAUACAUACCAGUUUUACAUAAUGUUGUGAAAAAUAUUCCUACGAACUGAUCUCUUCAUUGUGCCCUCACUUUAGGUAACCUAAUAUUCAAAAGUAGACUGAACUGUAUUACAUAGGAGUAAGGCAAUAAUUUCCAACUUCAGUAGAUUGGGGUAAGGUAAGGCAUCGUGAUAAUUCUGAUUCACUGCUAAAUUUGGGAAACAUAGUAUUAGGGAAUGGCUACAUGUGGUUUUGUGUUAUGUGGUUGGGGAUCAAGAGUUGUGAAUUUGAACUGUGACCAGGGGUGAUUUGGAUUGAAAUGACCUUAGCUCUCAAGAAUUGAGUUGUCUUUAAUUGUCAAAAGAGGAAUGAGUCACUUGCCCCUUGCUCAAGUUGUUUCAUAAAGACUUAAUUAGCAAUGCAAUUUGUUGAAAACUUGUAAAGAUCCUGUUGUGAGUGGUUUAAGAGGUGAUUGGUAUUUUUCUCAGCAUAAGAAUUGGAGAAAAAGAGCUGAUCAUAUUAAUUUUUUCACUCCCCCUAUAAAAUCUCAGUGUGGGCUCCUGGUCAAUACCUGUACAUAAUAACCUGGAUCUAACCAAUUCAACUGGUAAUAGCUGAAUUACCAGUGGGCACAUGGUAUUUGAUAUUUGGCAGGUUGUUGUAAAUUCUCUGGCAAAAUCUAAAAUAAUGUUAAAUCUUUAAACAUAAAUAUUGUGUAUGGUGUAGUUUUUGACAUGUAUUUAUCAAGCUAAAUGAAGAAAUGUGUUCAGGAUAGAAAAACAAAGUUUUGGUUAUUUGUAAACUUCAGGGUUUUUUUGUGUUUAUAUUUAAUGAAGUGACUUAAUUUCAUUUGUGAUAAUUGAAGGAAAAAGGGUUUACAUAAUUAAGAAAAUGCCUAUAUCAGUAGCUAUAAACUUGAAAAUAAAUACUUAAAAUACAUUUAUGUAUAAGCAAAAGACCACUUGAGUAAAAUGUUUCAGAAGAGUUAGUUUUAAAAAUGUUCAUUUAAAGCUUU